AUGCCUUUCGAAGCUCAACAACCCCAAGCUCAACAAAUGGAGAUGUCCACUACCAAUGGUCCCAUCACCGAACAACCUCGUCAAAAUGAGGGAAUGAGCGCCGAUGUAUCUAUGCGUGGUGGUGGUGGAUGCUGCGAAGCAUGUCUCGCCUGCUGUCUUCUCGAGGAAGUCUGCGCGUGUUUGAUUUGCGAGGAGUGCUGUUGUUAA